AUGUAUUUCACCCCAGCUUCUUUCCUCACUAUUGCAGCCGGCCUCUCAGGGCUCUCCCAGGUUUCGGCAUACUGGCUGGUAGCCACCGACAUCACAAGCUUCAUCUCCGGCCCAGUCGGCGGCGACGGCUACCAGUGGGUCCACGUCGACAACCUCGACUGCAACACCAUGAUCGACGCACCUCUCGUCAACGACAGAAGCGACGUGAGCGGCGACAAGCUCGGUGUGCGCAUGGAGUCUGAAGAGGGCACCUGUGACCACGGUGGUAACUGGUGGGCUACGGAAUGCCCUACUGAAGUCGAGCAGCACUUUUCAGACUUUCAUCAGACUUGGUAUGCGAACCGCGACAACCAGAUGGUGGACCUCGGCGGCAGGGUGGUAGGAUCGUGCCGAGUCGAUAUGACAAACGAUAUCCAGUGUGAAGUGACCGCUGGAAUGGCCCGUUUCCAGACUCUACUUGAGUGCACACAGACUGCUUGA